CGGUCUUCCUUAACCCUUACUAUCAGAUCUCACACUCGCACUGAUCAGUGUGAACUCGCCACAAAAUGACGAGUCGACUCGUUCUCUUUCUCUCAAUCUCAGCUCUCCUUCUCUUCUCGCUCCUCUCAACUCCUUCUCUCUCCAACGAAUCGAAGUCCAAAACCGACGAAGACGAUGACGAAGACCUCAGCUUCCUCGAAGUGGACGACGACGACGACGUAUCGGAGCACACUCACCACUCAGAUCCACACCAGUUCUCCGAAGAAGAAGACGAUGACGCCUACUACGACGGAGACGACUUCGAGGUGCCCCCGGGGUUCGAUCAUGAAGAGCAGCACUCACAGCUUCAGAUCGACGAGAAGGACGUCGUCGUUUUGAAAGAGGCGAAUUUCAGCAAUUUCAUAGAGAACAACCAGUACGUGAUGGUGGAGUUCUUCGCGCCGUGGUGCGGCCAUUGCCAGUCUCUGGCGCCGGAGUACGCGGCGGCCGCCACCGAGUUGAAGGGCGACGCGGUGGCGCUCGCGAAGGUGGACGCGACGGAGGAGAGUGCGCUGGCGGAGAAUUAUGAAGUUCAGGGCUUUCCUACUGUGUAUUUCUUCGUUGAUGGCGAUCACAAGCCUUACCCUGGCCCACGAACCAAAGAUGCUAUAGUAACUUGGAUCAAGAAGAAAAUUGGACCUGGUGUAUACAAUAUAACCACACCAGAGGAUGCAGAGCGCGUUUUGACUUCUGAGAACAAAGUUGUCUUGGGCUUCCUCAACUCUUUGGUGGGUCCUGAGAGUGAUGAGCUUGUUACUGCUUCUAAAAUUGAAGACGAUGUGAACUUCUACCAAACUGUGAAUCCUGAUGUGGCAAAGCUUUUCCACUUGGACCCCAAAGUCAAACGCCCCGCUUUGGUCAUGCUAAAGAAGGAGGCUGAGAAAUUGAGUCAUUAUGAUGGCCAAUUUGUGAAGUCUGCCAUAGCUAAAUUUGUACUUGCCAACAAACUUCCCUUGGUGAACAUUUUUACCAGAGAAAGUGCCCCUGUGAUUUUUGAAAGUUCUAUUAAGAAACAGCUCUUGCUCUUUGCCACUUCAAAAGAUUCAGGGAAGGUUGUACCAAUAUUUCAAGAAGCUGCAAAAUUCUUUAAGGGAAAGCUUAUAUUUGUGUUCGUGGAAAUGGACAAUGAAGAUUUUGGAAGGCCGGUGUCAGAUUAUUUUGGUAUCACUGGGAAUACUCCCACGGUUAUUGCAUACACAGGAAAUGAUGAUGCUAAGAAAUUUGUACUUGAUGGGGAAGUAACCCUGGAUAAAAUCAAGGCUUUCGGGGAAGAUUUCCUGGAAGAUAAGCUUAAACCUUUCUACAAGUCAGAUCCGGUUCCUGAAACUAAUGACGGGGAUGUGAAAAUUGUGGUUGGGAAUAACUUUGAUGAAAUUGUUUUGGAUGAGUCAAAAGACGUGCUCCUUGAGAUUUAUGCACCAUGGUGUGGGCAUUGCCAAUCGCUGGAGCCAACAUACAAUAAGCUUGCCAAACAUUUACGUGGUAUUGAGUCUCUUGUUAUAGCCAAAAUGGAUGGAACUACAAAUGAUCAUCCCAAGGCAAAGUCUGAAGGAUUCCCAACAAUUCUCUUCUUCCCGGCCGGAAAAAAGAGCUCUGAUCCUAUCACUGUUGACAUUGAUCGGACAGUGGUGGCAUUUUACAAAUUCAUCAAGAAACACGCGUCCAUCCCUUUCAAGCUUGAGAAACCGGGUUCAACUCCAAAAUCCGAGGCCUCUGAUGCCAAAGAAAGCACCAAGAGCGGCGCCAGUGAUGCGAAGGAUGAAUUGUGAGGUUGUUUUGUAUGACAUGCAUCUCCGGUUUGUGACAAUAUGAGAGAGAAUAUGGGUAGCUGUCUUUCGAAAAUAAUGUCCGAGGAAAAGCAAAUCUAAUUUUUAUUUUUUAUAUUUUCUUUUUAAUUUCUAGGAAUUUUAGCUUUAAGUUCUGUAUCCCCUGUGCCUUCCAGAAAUUUAUGCAAAAGAAUUGUAAUAGUUCACUAUCACACCCCAUUGGCCCAA